CAAGAUAUGGCUUCCUGCGUAUCACAUUUCACGCGCCGGUUUUGAAUCGAAGCAUGUUUUGAUACCUGAAUAACAUCACCAAACAAGUCACAAAAAAGUUAGCUUUCCCUUGGUGCAAUCAUGAAAGCAAUUGUCAAAGGUCUGUUGAGACGGGGGUCGACUGCAACUGUCUCCCUGGGAGCUGACAGUCUAGUGAACACAGUGCGAUCUGUGUCGGUAUCUACUUCUCAAGUUGCAUUGCCUUCAAGUAAAAAGGACAGCAGUGUGCAGUGGGCCCAAGUGUCUAGCCAGAUUCUGCACAUCAAGCCAGUGGGGUUCGGAUUCAACCCGGACACUGCCCUGGACAACAAAUUCAGCCGCAGUGUGGAUCACAUGUACAAUCUGAGGGAACUGCAGGCCAAGGUCAUGCAGGAAUCGGACAUAUUCGUCAAUGCACUAUCCGCAAAAGGUGUGAAAGUUUUAUCUGGAAGUGGAGCGCCGGAAACUCCAGACGCAGUGUUUCCCAACAACUGGUUCUCAUCCCACUCGGCCGAGGAACAACUGCAAGGAGGCAGCAGUCGCUUCAUCCUCUACCCGAUGACGUCACCCACUCGACAGAUAGAGAAACGACCGGAUGUAAUUCGACUGAUUGUGGACCACUUGCACCUCAGACACAGUGAACUGAUUGAUUUGUCACACUUCGAACGACAGGGAAAGUUCCUUGAAGGAACUGGCGCCUGCUGUUUCGACAGAAUCAACAAGAUACUCUACGUGAACCUAUCCAGUCGUGCACAUGUGGAGGUGGCUCAUGCGCUAGCCAAACUGAUCAACUACGACCUGGUGACCUUCCGCUCCUUUGACGAAGAAGACUUCCCCAUCUACCACACGAAUGUGAUGAUGUCAGUCGGGCGCACUUUCUGUAUCUUGUGUGAGGACUCAAUCAGGGACCAGAUGCAGCUGAAUCAUAUUAGGAGUACUAUGGAGAAGUGUGGAAAGACUAUUGUCACCAUAUCUCUGCACCAGAUGAGAAAGUAUUGCGGAAAUGUGCUGGAACUAGCGUUCGGCGAUGACUCUGGCAGAACGUUUCUGGCGACAAGUGCGACAGCAUACAAUGAGUUCACGAGUGAACAGAAGACAGAGCUGCUGAAUCAUGUAGAUGAAAUCGUGCCGAUCGACGUGACCACAAUUGAGACAGUGGGCGGGGGGUCUGUCAGGUGCAUGAUCGGAGAACUAUAUCAGUAGAAACAUAAAAGGUUGUUAGACCCAUAAAAACAACUUCAACUGCCAAAACAAUUGAAGAGUUGUUAUCAAAACGAAGGAGAAUAAAGAUGACGCUUAGAACUGUAGCCGCAAAAUUGAUGACGAUGCGUUCACUGAGGAAAGCAUCUCUGAGAUGCUAAGAAUUGACUGACAUGAGUUAUAAAUCAGGCGAAAUUGUAACAUAAAAAAGUUAUUUUUCCAACCUGGCGAAUAAUCCAUGCUAUUCAAGCUUGGCGCUCUUUAAAGUUUGAGUUCUAGUUUUAAAAAAUUCUAAUUUCCCGCAAUCAUUUUUGUUUCAAUUUCGUCAUUGCUCUAGAAUAUUGUUUUGGAAAAAUGAUAAGCUGUUAAUAUUGAUAGACUGGUG